AUGGGGAGUGAACAUAAGAAGAGACUUAUGCCCAAGUCAGCUUUGCUGGUUAGGAAGUACCAGAAGGGAAUUAGAGUCUCAUUUGCUACUUUUAUUGUUGUUUUGACAAUAAUGUUCUUCCUUCAUACACCAAGCCAUUAUACUACAGAGAACAGUAACGCUAUUAGACAAGGUCAGACCUCGCCGAAAGAGACCUCUGAGUAUCUAAUUCCAUUCACAGAUCAGUCCCAAAAAGUUGUCCAUCCAGUGGAUGAUGGUGUCAAAGUAAAGGCUGCUAUGGUCACCUUAGCAAGAAAUUCAGAUUUAUGGAACCUGGUUAACUCAAUCAGACAUGUCGAAGAUCGUUUCAACAAUAGAUACCAUUACGAUUGGGUCUUCUUGAAUGAUAAGCCAUUUUCUGAUGAAUUCAAGAGAGUGACAAGCGCGCUUGUUUCUGGUAAAGUGAAGUACGGUUUAAUUCCAGAGGAAGAUUGGUCUGUUCCAUCAUGGAUUGACCAGAAAAAGUUUGACGAAAGAAGAAUUGCAAUGGGUCAAGAAAAUGUUCCUUAUGGUGACUCUAUCCCAUAUAGACAUAUGUGUCGUUUCCAAUCAGGUUUAUUUCUAAAAAGUCCGUUGUUAGAUGAAUACGAAUACUAUUGGAGAGUUGAUACCGACAUCAAGAUUCACUGUAAUAUUCAAUACGAUAUUUUCAAAUUCAUGAAAGAAAAUCAUAAGAAGUACGGUUUUAUCUUAUCUGUUAGUGAAUAUAAGGCCACAAUCCCAACUUUAUGGGACACAAUCAAGGACUUCACUACGAAACAUCCCGAACAUGUCAACAAGAAUAAUUUACUGGACUUUGUUUCCAACGAUAAAGGUAAUACCUAUAACUUAUGCCAUUUCUGGACUAAUUUUGAAAUCGCUUCAUUGGAAUUUUAUAGAUCUAAGGCAUACCAAGACUACUUCAACUACUUGGACAAGUCUGGUGGUUUCUUCUAUGAAAGAUGGGGUGAUGCGCCGGUUCACUCGAUUGCUGCCGCUUUAUUCUUGGACAAAUCGGAAUUACAUUUCUUCGACGGUAUUGGUUUCUACCAUCCAAAUUUCCAUUCAUGUCCUGUUGAAGAAUCUAUCAGACUCCAGAACCAAUGUGUUUGUGAACCCGCCAAAGAUAACACCUGGUUCGAUUUCUACUUCUGUACCAGAAAAUUCUUCAGCGCACAAGGCCUUGAAAUACCUCCAGAAGCUAGAAAAGACUAG